UCUUCCGGGAUCAGUUCGCGGCAGUGACGUGCCGAGCUGGUUCUGCCUGCCUGUCAGUCCUGGUCUGGAUAAGAGUCCUGCAGCUUCAGCCGGAGACGACCAGAGCGAACCGACCCGAACCGGACCGAGCCGAGCCGAGCAGAGCAGAGCAGACCGGAAAGCAGAGCUGCCAUCAUGAGUAAGCUUGGACAGCAGGGGUCGGAGGUGAUCCAGGAGGCGUCCAUCAUCCGGAUCCCGCCUCACUUCUACAUCCACGUCCUGGACCAGAACACCAACAUCGCCCGCGUGGAGAUCGGCCCGCUCACCUACAUCCGGCAGGACAAUGAGAGGGUGCUCUUCAGACCGAUGAAGAUGAUCAUGGUGCCGCCGCGGCACUACUGCGUGAUCAAGAACCCCGCUGCCCGCGACGACAACGGCCAGGUGCUCUUCGACCAAUCGGGGCAGGCCAAGCUGCGGCACGCCGACCUGGAGAUCCGGCUGACGCAGGAGCCGUUCCCCCUCUACCCCGGGGAGGAGGUGCAGGAGGGGGUGACCCCGCUGCAAAUCGUGUAUCCGGACACGGCGCUGCGGCUGCAGGCUCUCCUGGACUUCGAGGAGGAAGGAGGAGAGCGUCGAGUAGCCGGAGACGAGUGGCUGUUUGAAGGACCAGGGACCUACAUCCCCAGGAAGGAGGUGGUGGUGGUGGAAACCAUCAAAGCCACGGUGAUCCGGGAGAACCAGGCGAUCAGGCUGAGGGCCCGCAAGGAGGGCGAGGACCGGGGAGGAGUCCACCGGGUCACAGGUGAGGAGUGGCUGGUCAGUAAGGUCGGAGCGUAUCUUCCCGGCGCUCAUGAAGAGGUCAUCGACAUCGUGAAUGCCUUCAUCCUCACCGAUAAAAAAGCUCUCCACGUCCGCGCCCUGCGACCGUUCAAGGACGCGGGCCGGCGGGACCGCCGUACGGGGGAGGAGUGGCUGGUGACCAAGGCGGACCGCGAGGCGCACAUCCCGUCGGUGGCGGAGGAGGUGGUGGGCGUGGUGGAGGUGACCACGCUGAGCAGCCGGCAGUACUGCGUGGUCCUGGACCCGGUCGGGGCCGACGGGAAGCCCCAGCUGGGCCAGAAGAGGGUGGUGAAGGGCGAGUGCUCCUUCUUCCUGCAGCCGGGCGAGCAGCUGGAACAGGGCAUCCAGGACGUGUACGUGCUGUCGGAGGAGGAGGGGCUGGUGCUGCGAGCGGUGGAGGCGUUCACCGACACCGAGCGCGACGAGGAGGAGGAGGCGGAGCUCGGGGAGGAGCAGGAGCGGGCCAAGCGCUCCCGCAGGAGCGGCGUGCUCCGUCGCCCCGGAGACCGCUGGAUGCUGCGAGGCCCCAUCGAGUACGUCCCGCCGGCCACCGUGGAGGUGGUGCUGCGCCGCCAGGCCAUCCCGCUGGACGAGAACGAGGGCAUCUACGUCCGCGACAUGAAGACCGGCAAGGUGCGAGCGGUCAUCGGUCACACCUACAUGCUGACGCAGGACGAGGAGCUGUGGCAGAAGGAGCUCCCUCCCAACGUCGAGGCGCUGCUGACGUCUCGCCGCGACCCGCUGGCCGACCGCUCGGACCGCGGCCAGGGCGGGGGGGCGGAGCAAAGGGACAAGACACGGGUGGUGUCCUACAGGGUCCCCCACAACGCCGCUGUGCAGGUGUACGACUACAGGGAGAAGAAAGCCAGGGUGGCGUUCGGACCGGAGAUGGUGAUGCUGGGACCCGACGAGCAGUUCACGGUGCUCUCUCUGUCCGGGAGCAAACCCAAGAGGCCCAACGUGAUCAAAGCCAUCUGCCUGCUGCUGGGACCCGACUUCUUCACGGACAUCAUCACCAUCGAGACCGCCGACCACGCCCGCCUGCAGCUGCAGCUCUCCUACAACUGGCACUUUGAAGUGAAGUCUCGAACUGACCUCGCCGAGGCAGCUGUUCUGUUUUCCGUUCCGGACUUCGUGGGAGAUGCCUGUAAAGCCAUCGCCUCGAGAAUCAGAGGAGCCGUGGCCUCCGUGCAGUUCGAUGAUUUCCACAAGAACUCCAACCGCAUCAUUUGCUCGGCCGUGUUCGGCUUUGAUGAGAAGCUGGCGGUGCGCUCCAGUCUUCGCUUCAGCCAGAACAACCUGGUGAUCAGCAGCGUGGACAUCCAGUCGGUGGAGCCCGUGGACCAGAGGACCAAAGACGCCCUGCAGAAGAGCGUGCAGCUCGCCAUCGAGAUCACCACCAACUCCCAGGAGGCCGCCGCUCGACACGAGGCGGAGCGCCUGGAGCAGGAGGCUCGGGGGAAGCUGGAGCGUCAGAGGAUCACGGAUCAGGCCGAGGCGGAGAGAGCGAGGAAGGAGCUGCUGGAGCUGGAGGCCCUGAGCGCGGCGGUGGAGAGCACCGGAGCCGCCAAAGCCGAGGCUCAGUCCCGCGCCGAGGCGGCCCGCAUCCAGGGCGAGGCGGCGGUCAACGAGGCCACGCUGAAGGCCGAGGCUCAGAAGAUCGAGGCCGAGGCGGAGCUGCAGCGUCUGAUGAAAGCCCGCGAGCAGGAGCUGAACUACAAGAAGGAGAUGGACCGUCUGGACAUCGAGAAGCAGGAGCGUCUGGCGCAGAUCGAGAGUGAGCGCUUCGCUCAGCUGGUCAAGAGUCUGGGCAGCGACACGCUGACCGAGAUGGCCCGGGCCGGCCCCGAGCUCCAGGUGAAGAUGCUCCAGGCGCUCGGCCUUAAAUCGACCCUCAUCACGGACGGCUCGUCGCCCAUCAACCUCUUCACCACCGCUAACGGCCUGCUGGGGGCGCUGCCGGGUCAGGGCCAGUGAGGGGGAGAAGACGGGGGCAGGAGUAAACCUCAGCAGGCUCUCAUUUUUCUGAUGUCAAAAAAUUUCUCUGCUCAGAUUUGAGCAAAUGAAGGAAAAUCUGACAGUGAGUCUGAAAAACAACUUUCGAAUGUUUAUUUUUGUUGUUGCUGAAGGAAUAGAGAAAGUUUUUUUGUUUUUCCUCUAAAAAAGAAAAAAAAGACUUGUCACUGUGUUCCAGAGCUUCAGUUGCUGUGGUAACAGUAAUAAAGAUGCUAUCGCGCUGUUCUGAUGGUUCCUGCGGCCACCAGGGGGCGCCUCCUGCAUCGUGUGGCCUUCACUGGUGCUUCAUUGGAAAUGAGAUGCUGAGGUUUAUUUCUGGCUUGAUCGAAGCUUUGUGCCUACAAACGACGUCUGUUUGUUUAGUCGUGAGAGUUUGCGUUUCUGCUUCGCUCGACUGUUUACAUUAAUAAUCACACCGCCUCUGAAGGGUCGGACCGCCUUUCUUUGCCUUACUUCAUGAAAUGUGUGCUUGCAGAUUCUGCUGAAGGCUGUAACUGUUAUCCUCGCAAUAAAAUCUGAGGUAUUCA